GAAAAUCAUUUGCUUCUUCUUGUUCUUCUUGGCGGAAAGGGCAAAUACUUCGAGUCAUAGCACCACGUCCAUGAGGUAAACGCAACGGAAGGGUAUUUUCUUAUUUGCUAAAAUAAGAACGGCACCUAUAAUACGAAUAAUAUAACCAGCCGUGUUCUGCCUAAUUUGUGGCUUUGUGAUUAGAUUCGCGUGCUAGUGUGUGGUUGCUGCGUGUGCGAGGCGCCUAUUGGCAUUUUGACGUACUUUGUAGCCCAUAAAAUCAGCAUUUUCGGUGCCAAAUAGCGCAUCAUCACAGCAUUCAUCAUACGGUAGAAAGGGGGGACGAGAAUCCGCAAGGAAAGGCAGGAUACGAGCCGCUUAGCUGUACGAAGAGCAAAGGUUACGGCAGUUGCCUACCAAAAAACCGACCGCUGUUCAACAUGAAAAUCACAUUGAAAACACUGAAGCAGCAGACGUUCUUCGUCGAGGUGGACGUCGAAAAGGACACAGUGCGAAACCUGAAGGAAAAGCUUUACACCGAGAGUGAGCUGGCGUACCCGGUCGACAGGCAGCGGUUGAUCUACCUUGGCAAAAUAAUGGAGGACGACCAUCUGCUCAGCCAGUACAAACUCGACGAUAAGAAGUUUAUCGUGGUGAUGAGCAAAAAGCCGACACCGGCCGCUGACGAACCGGCCGAGGGUGAAACAUCCGAACCGAAGAAGGAAACGCCGGCGCCGGCCCCGAAGCAGGACACAAAGGUGGAUGGCGGAACCGGUAAAAGCGACAGUGCCGAUCCGACGUCCAGCAGUGCCAGCAAACCGUCCACGUCCACACCAUCACAAUCUGCCCCAUCAACCGCCGACGAUCAAAAGACAGCAGCGCCGCAGGACAGCACCAGCACGACCGAGAGCAAGCCAACCAACCCAUCAACCGAUGCCGUACCGGAGGAAAUGCAAGUCAACAUUCAAAGGCUAAAAGAGAUGGGUUACUCGGAACAAAGCGCUAGGCUUGCGCUGGAAAUUUGCGCCAACAUUCCGGAUCGUGCCGUAGAGUACCUGCUGUCGGAGAUGGGCGGUGGUAGUGAUAUGUCCUUCGCGUUGGCUGCUGCCCAGCAGCAACAGCAGCAGCAGCAGCAACAGGGUGGUGCUGUUCGAGCCGGCGCAGCACAGGCAGGCGGUACUACGGGCGGCGAUGCAAACCCGCUCGACUUCCUGCGCAACAAUCCAGUGUUCGAGGACAUGAAGCGUAUACUGCGUGACGAUCCGGCAAUGCUGCCGUACCUGAUGCGCCGGAUGCAGGAAAGCAAUCCGGAGCUGCUGAGCAUCAUUGCCGAGCAUCAGGACGAGUUUCUCGCGAUGAUCAAUGAGGGUACCCCCCAGGGCAGGCCAAUGUCGCGUGAGCUGGAGGAGAUUGCUUCCGCAAUGAUUAACAGCCUGACGCCUUCCGAUAUGGAUGCGAUCGAACGGCUGAAAGCACUCGGCUAUCCGGAGCAUCUCGUUAUUCAGGCGUACAUUGCGUGCGAACGUGACGAGUACGAUGCGGCCAUGUUUCUCGUCACACAAACGCUGGACGACGAAGAGUAGGACGGAACCGCACCAAGAACACACACACACACACACACAUACACAUACUCUGACGCGCGUGCACACAUUCAGGCAUAUAUACACACGUACAGGCAUUCGCUCUAAAUCGCAAUGUAGGCUCGUCCCAUUUCCCUUGCCCUUUCGCUGCAAGAAGAAAACGGGAAUCACAAAUGGCAAGUUUUUCUUUGUUUCUAUACAACGUAACAUAGUUAAGGCCAGCAUAAUAUAGCUUAGGAAGGCCCGCCGGUGGGUUAGUGUUAAUGGUACACGACCGAGAACCACCACCUCAAAUCCCAUCCGGAUCAUUUUCCCCCCAAAAAAGCAAAGGGUUGACUACGUGCUAAAAAUAUGUUUAGAAGACCAGUUAUGCUCUUGCUGGCCAUUACACCAAGAAAAAGAAAAGGUUAAACACCCAUCCAUUUGUUGAAAAGCGGUUUUGUUGUUGCGAAAAACAAAACAAAAAAAAAACAGAAGCAAAACAGAAAACAAAUCGUUAUUAAUUUUGCGUGGUGUGCGCGCGUGUUGCAGACGUUUAACAAUUAAACUUUCUUUUCGUUUUAUGUUUAAUUAUUACACACAAAUACGGUUUUUUUUGUUGUUUCUUCACCGUUUACGCGUGAAUCCCUUAUACGCGGCGAUUCAUUAUUUGCAAAAAAGGUCAAACAAACCGAACGAAACUGAGCCACUUGAUUGAACCGCACACACACACACGCCCACGGAACAGGGCAAAUGUAACAGGCAGCAGGGCGUUUGUAAAGAUAAUAGCGCGAAUUACGAAAAAAAACACGGUGGAACCAGCUUCCUCGCAUCAACUCGAGCGGAAGGACACGACCAGGGAAGAACGCAAAACAAGAUAGACGUGGUAGUGUGUUGGGGCAGUGUGUGUGUUGGUGGUAAAACGGUUAGACAUUACAGGCGUCUUUUUAAUUUUGUUUCCUCAUUUGUUCAUAACUGUAAAACCCAAGUGGAACCAAAUCACUCUUGUAAUGCAAAACAACAACAACAGAACUACAAGCAACAUAUGGCGUUUAUGUUAAUAAUAAAACCGAAUUCUGGAUCAUCCAAAAUAA